GCAGAAAAGCGCACCCGUCCCUGAAGAGCCAGAGACCGAAGACGAAGACACUCUUCACGUAACCCUCCUAGUGUCCGGUUUCGCAUUCUUAGACGCCAGAGGUUUGCUGAAUUACCUUUUCUAUCGCAAGCACAAUGAAUUCGCUAGAGAGUUGGCUCACUCGAGAAAGCAGACGGUGAUCAAAGUUGAAGGAGGGGUGCCAAUGCGACAGACUGGAGUUCUCGAUUUCGCUCUGCUUGUGUGGAGCUACGUGUUUGCGGCUCCUUUUUGCAACCUCACCAAAGGAUUAGUCGCACUUUCGAGUUACCUGCUGCCCUGUUUUACCUUCUGCUCGACCAGGUUUGAGAUCAAGAACCAGUUUGAUCCUGUUUUCUAUCUUGGAUUCUCUGACGUCAUCCUUUUCGUGGCUAGCAUCCUCGAGUACCUGCCGAUCAUCAUCUUCCUACUGACAAAGCCACGAGAUGCAGAGGACCUGUUUUGGUGUUACGCUUUUGUCCUGGGCAUGUACAACAUUUGCUGCGUGGACGAGCCGUGGACGUGGUCUUCUGGUCCUGUGGAGGAGGAGACUCAGGACGCCAUCAGUCCCUCUACCACCUCUUGGGGAUCAAGCUUGAUUCCGCCAGCGACAACGUUUGUGAUUUUCAUGUGUGUCUAUUUUCAGAUCGCGUGCUACUAUCGUCACAACGUGCCCACCGAUUCGACGCAAGCAAUCAAAGCGGCAAUCGAGUGGAUCCGAGAGCAUGAGUCUGGAAGUUGGAAUGAAGGCCAAAAGUGGUUAGAUGAGGAUGAUAGUCAUGACGAAAGCCAGGCUAGUAAUGGCAAGAAUGACAUGCAUGUCCUCUCAAGAGACGGGCAUCGUCCUAAAACUAUAGUCGUACAUUUGGUCGGCUACGGUUCCGGAGCGACGUUGCUUGCGACGUAUGCCUUACGAGAAAGCCUCAGCAACUUGUUUCUAGAAGACCCCAGUGUAUCCAACACUGUGAUUCUCGUAGAACCUAUGCUGGACUUGGAAGCGUUGGCUGAUCAUUCGUUAUCGGCGUUGUUGGACACAGAAGCUUAUUUCGGUGUAAAUUUGGCGAUGAUAGCGUCUCAACGCCUUCGAAAGAACCGGAUUCAGGUUCAUCAGAAUCAUUGGAUCUUUCAGCAAACUACAGAAUUCUUCACAACUGUACGACAAUUCUUCACAACUGUACAACGAGAAGUUGAUAGACACAUGCCGCCUUCUUGGUUUCUGUCAUGGCUGAGGAAGCGGGGAGGACAAAGUCGAGGCAACGAUGGGACGGAAAAGGCGAGCAUUUUCGCAGAUAUUGCAAAACUUUUGGUACAGUGCAUAGUUGCAACUCUCGAUGAAACAAUCCAUGCAUGUUGUGUGGUUGAAGAAUCUUGCACAAAAAAGCUGCGGAUGAAAACAACUGGAGAGAAGCAGAAGAUGAAGGCGGCCGUUACGGAGAGUGAUGAGCAUGAGGACACUUGGAAAACGC